AUGAGCAUGAUGGGAGAGCUAACUUUCUUUCUAGGACUGCAAAUAAAGCAAUCGACUAAGGACACAUUCAUAAGUCAAACAAAAUACACGAAGGAGCUCAUCAAGAAAUUUGGCUUGGAAAAAGCAAAGGCUUUUGGAACUCCGAUGAGUCCAUCCACAUGCCUAGAAACAGAUGUGCCAGGCAAAGAUGUCGAUGAAAAGAUCUACAGAGGAAUGAUUGGAUCACUGCUGUAUCUCACUGCCAGUCGACCAGACAUAAUGUUCAGCGUGUGUAAAUGUGCACGAUUCCAAUCGGCUCCCAAGGAAUCUCACUUAACUGCGGUCAAAAGGAUCAUCAAAUAUCUUAUAGGAACUCAAGAAAUUGGGUUAUGGUAUCCAAACUCAGAUAAUUUUGAUCUAAUUGGUUUUUCAGAUGCAUAUUUUGCAAGUGAUAAAACUGACAGAAAAAGUACCAGUGAUACCUGUCAAAUAUCGGGUGACUUGCUUAUUUCAUGGCAGAGUAAAAAACAGACUCCAGUCGCCUUGUCUAUAAGUGAAGCUAAGUAUUUGGCUCUCGGCAGUUGUGGAACUCAGUUACUAUGGAUGAUGCACUAG